CUCCACUGGUGCCAAGGAAUGUGCCUGGAGAGGCCGGCGGGGCGGCGGAGCCGCCGCCACCCGGAGGCGGCGCUCAGGUCUGCGUGGAGGCAACGUCCCGCCAUGCUCAGUGUCAAGCUCCCCCAACUCCUCCGCAUCCACCAGGUCCCUCGGGUGUUCUGGGAAGACGGCAUCAUGUCAGGGUACCGCCGACCCAGCAGCUCCGCCCGGGACUGUGUCCUCAGCUCCUUCCAGAUGACCAACGAGACGGUCAACAUCUGGACUCACUUCCUGCCCACCUGGUACUUCCUGUGGCGCCUGCUGGCGCUGGCCGGGGGCCCGGGCUUCCGCGCGGAGCCCUACCACCGGCCGCUGCUCGUCUUCCUGCUGCCCGCCUGCCUCUACCCCUUCGCGUCGUGCUGCGCGCACACCUUCAGCUCCAUGUCACCGCGCGCGCGCCACAUCUGCUACUUCCUGGACUACGGGGCGCUCAGCCUCUACAGCCUGGGCUGCGCCUUCCCCUAUGCCGCCUACUCCAUGCCGGCCUCCUGGCUGCAUAGCCGCCUGCACCAGCUCUUUGUGCCCGCUGCCGCGCUCAAUUCCUUUCUGUGCACCGGCCUCUCCUGCUACUCCCGGUUCCCCGAGCUGGAAAGCCCGCGGCUCAGCAAGGUCCUCCGCACGGCCGCCUUCGCCUACCCCUUCCUCUUCGACAACCUGCCUCUCUUCUACCGGCUGGGCCUGUGCUGGGACGCGGCCCGCGGCUGCGGGCGGGAGGCGCUCAGCUCCAGCCACGCCUACCACCUGCUGUGCGCGCUGCUCACCGGCUUCCUCUUCGCCUCUCACCUGCCCGAGCGGCUGGCCCCCGGGCGCUUUGACUACAUCGGAGCCCAAAAGGGGCACCUGGGAGUCUGGGGCCAGGAGUGA